CCAAUCCAAACCCCACACAACACAACAACACUUCCCUCGAAAACAACGACGACGAGAUGGGUCUCCACCCAAUCGCCGACGCCGACGAGAGCAACCCCUUCGGCUCUCUCUCCGCCGAAGAAUUCUACGCAAAACACUCCGUCUCCCACUCCUCCGCCUUCAUCACCAACCCUCGCGGCCUCAAACUCUUCACCCAGUGGUGGUCCCCACUCCCUCCGACUCCUCCCAUCGGCAUCGUCGCCGUCGUCCACGGCUUCACCGGCGAAUCCAGCUGGUUCCUCCAGCUCACCUCCAUCCUCUUCGCCAAAUCCGGCUUCAUCACCUGCGCCAUCGACCACCAGGGCCACGGAUUCUCCGACGGCCUCGUCGCUCACAUCCCCGACAUCAACCCCGUCGUCGACGACUGCAUCUCCUUCUUCGACGACUUCCGCAGCCGUUCUCCUCCGGAUCUCCCCUGCUUCCUCUACUCCGAGUCCCUAGGCGGCGCGAUCGCUCUCUACGUCUCGCUCCGCCAGAGAGGAGGCGUCUGGGACGGGCUCAUCCUCAACGGCGCCAUGUGCGGGAUCAGCGACAAGUUCAAACCCCCGUGGCCGUUGGAGCACCUGCUCUUCGUCGUCGCGAACCUCAUCCCCACCUGGCGCGUCAUCCCCACUCGCGGCUCCAUCCCCGACGUCUCGUUCAAGGAGCCGUGGAAGAGGAAGCUCGCGCUGGCUAGCCCCAGGAGGACGGUGGCGAGACCGCGCGCCGCCACGGCCUACGAGCUUAUCCGAAUCUGCAAUGAGUUGCAGGAGAGGUUCGAGGAAGUUGAGGUCCCGCUUCUGAUCGUGCACGGGGGAGGGGACGUUGUUUGUGAUCCGGCGUGCGUGGAGGAGCUUCAUCGGCGAGCCGGGAGCGAGGAUAAGACGAUCAAGAUCUAUCCGGAGAUGUGGCAUCAGAUGGUUGGGGAAUCGGAGGAGAAUGUUGAUCUGGUUUACGGUGAUAUCUUGGAUUGGCUUAAGAGUCGAGCGGGAAGCGCUGCGGAGAGGAAACGGGAGGGACGCGGCGGAGCUUAGUGUCAUUGGCCUCCUUUGGGGAUUAUGUUGUUGUCCAAUAGAGUUGUGCCAUCUGGCAAGUAUGGUUCAUUGCAUUGUUUCGUAUGAUCGUAUCACAUGAUGGGUUACGGUUUAACCAAUGGUCCAAUACAGGGCAUUAAUAAAUCAUAAAAAUCCGUUUACAAAAAUGAAAAUAUAAAUUGGAAAAAAGUAAAAAACUAAUGUUGUCGUU